UCUCCACAUUGAAUCAUCUUUGGUCACGUGACCAGAAAGUGGACGCGCUGUGGUCACCUGAUUAGUUGUGUCGCUGAUAAGGAAAAGAAAAAAAUGGCUGCGCACUUAUCGUACGGUCGCGUUAAUUUAAACAUUUUGAGAGAAGCGGCACGGAAAGAGCUUCGGGAGUUUUUGGACAAAUGUGCAGGAAGCAAGGCCAUUGUAUGGGACGAAUAUCUGACGGGACCUUUUGGACUGAUAGCUCAGUAUUCUCUCCUGAAGGAACAUGAGGUGGAAAAGAUGUUCACCCUCAAGAGCGGCCGGCUCCCCUCUGCUGAUGUCAAAAAUAUCAUCUUCUUCGUCCGCCCCAGACUGGAGCUUAUGGACAUUAUUGCUGAGAAUGUGUGCAGUGAGGACAAGCAGCAUUCGCCGCGAGACUUCCACAUUUUGUUUGUGCCUCGGCGGAGCAUGCUGUGUGAACAGCGGCUGAAGGAGCAGGGAGUGCUGGGCUCCUUCAUCAACAUCGACGAGUACAUCCUUGACCUGAUUCCCUAUGAUGGUGACCUGCUCUCCAUGGAGUAUGAAAGUGCUUUCAGGGAGUGCUACCUGGAAAAUGAUCAGACAAGCCUUUACCACACAGCCAAAGGCCUCAUGACCUUACAGGCGCUGUAUGGCACCAUUCCACAGAUAUAUGGGAAAGGAGAAUGUGCACGGCACGUUGCUAACAUGAUGCUGAGGAUGAAGAGGGAGUUUGCGGGCAGUCAAAACCAGAUCCUGCCCGUGUUCGAUACUCUGCUCCUCCUGGACCGUAAUGUUGACCUGCUCACACCUGUGGCCACACAGCUCACCUACGAGGGUCUCAUCGACGAGAUCUAUGGAAUUAAUAAUGGUUAUGUCAAGUUGCCCCCUGAGAAGUUUGCGCAGAAAAAGCAAGGUGAAGCAAGUAAAGAUUUACCCACCGAGCCCAAGAAGUUGCAGCUCAACUCGGCAGAGGAACUGUACGCAGAAAUACGAGACAAAAAUUUUAAUGCUGUCGGAGCAGCACUGAGCAAGAAGGCCAAAAUAAUUUCUGCUGCCUUUGAGGAACGCCAUAAUGCCAAAACAGUGGGAGAAAUAAAGCAGUUUGUGUCUCAGUUGCCUCAUAUGCAGGCAGCACGGAGCUCACUGGCUAACCACACUUCUGUAGCAGAGCUGAUCAAGGACAUCACCACUUCUGAGGCCUUCUUUGAUAAUCUAACUGUGGAGCAGGAGUUUAUGACUGGAGUCGACACAGACAAGGUGAACACAUACAUAGAAGACUCCAUUGCCCAAAAGGAUCCACUGAUCAAGAUUCUACGCCUGGUGUGUAUGCAGUCAGUCUGCAACAAUGGCCUUAAGCAGAAGGUGUUUGACUACUACAAGAGGGAGAUUCUACAGACCUAUGGUUAUGAACACAUACUAACACUGAACAACCUGGAGAAGUCGGGUCUUUUGAAGCCACAGACGAGCUCGAGGAACAACUACCCCACUAUUCGGAAAACCCUUAAGCUGUGGAUGGAGGAUGCCAAUGAACAGAACCCCAAUGACAUCUCCUAUGUGUACAGUGGCUAUGCUCCACUUAGCAUCCGGCUGACCCAGGUACUGGCCAGGCCCGGGUGGCGUAGCAUCGAAGAAGUGCUGAAGAUGCUUCCCGGCCCACACUUUGAGGAGAGACAACAGCUGCCGGCCGGGCUCCAUAAGAAACGCCAGCAGGGGGAAAAUCGGACAACGCUGGUGUUCUUCCUCGGUGGAGUGACAUAUGCAGAAAUAGCCGCUCUUCGUUUCCUCUCUCAAAUGGAAGACAGCGGGAUGGAGUACAUCAUAGCCACCACAAAACUCAUAAACGGUACAACUUGGAUCAAGUCCCUCAUGGACCGACCUGAAUCUCAGACCCCCUGAGUCACCUGCAAGUACACCUGUCUACAUCAAACAGCCCAUCCGUCAGAAAACCCUCAGCUGCUGUUUUUAUCUCCAUAUCAGUCUACUGCAGGUGUUUCACUGAUGUCUGCUCAAUCAACAGCAACAGGCUCUUUAAAGGUGCCCGGUGGAGAUUUUUGUUGUUGUUACGUUUAUAUUUAGUGUUACUGAAAUAAACCCCACAUCAUUGGUGUCUUUGAGGCCUGGAAAACAUGCUGAAUGCAAUUCCCUCCUGUGCAACAUUUUUCUAAUAUUUGAAUUUGUUACACCAAUGAUUAAUGCUUGCCUUUGUAGGCACCACGGACAGUUGGAUGAUUUGCAGCCAUAUAAUACAUAACACAAAGCUGGUUUAACCUUACUGUUAACUGUCUCCUGUAAUCUACUCUGGAGCUGCUGUAUAUAUGUAUGUAUGAUAAUAUUCUUUUUGAUGUAUGAGAUGAUUAAAUAUGCACUUUUGUUGGCAA